UUUCGAAACACUUUUUUCUCCGAGCCCCGCCAUUCUACUCAGCGUGCUGCGGUGGGUCCUGUCACCACCCUGCAUCCCCCACUGCUUUUCCAAGAGAGGAAAGUGUCCUGCCUCUUCUGACCCAGGAGUCCAACUCAAAAGCCCGGAGAGGUAUAUUAAGAAGAGCUGUCUUUUCCGAAGACCAGAGGAAAGCUUUGGAGAAAAUGUUUCAGAAGCAGAAGUAUAUCAGUAAAACAGACAGGAAGAAACUGGCCAUUAACCUGGGUCUAAAGGAGUCUCAGGUGAAAAUUUGGUUUCAGAAUCGAAGAAUGAAAUGGCGAAACUCCAAAGAAAAAGAAGUGCUUUCAAACAGGUGCCUCCAAGAAGAAGGUCUUCAGGAGAACUACCUCUCGCGGUCCACCAUGAAUUUUACCUCCCCGUGCCCAUCUGUGUGGGAAGUGUCUCAGGAGCAGGCAAGUCCACGGUGGAGGGAGAAUUGUCCAGGAAAUUCGGAAAGACUGACUAGUACACAACCACCUCCAAGAGCAAAUUCAUCGCAGAGCCCACUGUAUUUGUAUCCUGACCAAGACACUGCAAAUAAGGCAGUCACAUCAUCAGCCUAAGGAAAUAGGGGCAGUUUGUAAAUUGAGUGGAGAGCACAGGCUUCAAAUGAGCAGUCUUCUAAGACUAACAAUAUUUGGACAUUGUAAAGCUAACCAGUUUAUGCCGCAUAAAUUUUGCUAAAGUCUAACACCAUUAAAAUGACCAACAACUAAUGAUUUAAGAAGUAUUCUUCAAUACUCAGUCUUUUCUUGUGUCUUUUCCAGUCUUGUACUGACCUUAAAAGUGAAAUAGGAACUGAUGGUAAGUAAAAUGAAGUGAAGAGCAUGAAGCUGAAGUUGUGCUCUGAUUUAUACAUCUGCGCUGUAUAUGAUAUUCAUUAAAAACUUACUGAUAGAGAAUCACUUUUAUCUCUCAUUGCACUCAGACCAAUUGAUUUCUUUUGUGCACAAGAUAAGAGUAACCCUUUUUCCCUCAA